AUGGCAAAGGCAAUUUUCAUCGACCGAGUCGACGGCAAACCAGGACAAGUCUACUACCCCCUCUCGCUGCGCACGAUUCCAUCCCCUCCCCCCCCGCAAGGCCGCGAGGUGGUCGUCAAACUCUCUGCCGCAGCGUUGAACCACCGCGACCUCUUCCUCCGCCAACACCUCUACCCAGGCGUGACGUUCGACGUUCCUCUCGGCACAGACGGGUGUGGAGUCAUCAUCGCCGCCGGGGCAGAUGUCCCCAACAGAGACAGAUGGAUGGGGAAACGGGUGAUCGUCAACCCAGGCGUCGGCUGGAGGGAAGCCCCCGACGGCCCCGAAGAUGCAAGAGGGUACAGGAUCCUAGGCGGCACAAAGCUGUACGAGAAGGGAACCCUGCAGGAACUGCUGAGCAUUGAUGUCGACGAGGUGGAAGAGGCGCCCGACCAUCUCUCCGACGCCGAAGCCGCCGCCCUCCCUCUGACGGGACUGACCGGGUGGCGCGCCCUGGUCCACAAGGCUGGAGAAAGGAACUCGACCGUUGGAUCGACUGUGCUGGUCACUGGCAUCGGCGGCGGCGUUGCCCUCGCUGUUCUGCAGUUUGCCGUCGCGCGCGGUGUCGACGUCUACGUCACCAGCUCGAGCGAGGAGAAGCUCCGUCGCGCUGCCGAGCUCGGGGCAAAAGGGGGGGUCAAUUACAGGACGGACGGGUGGGAGAAGAAGUUGCAGCAGCUCUUGCCUCCGGAGAGGGUCUUUGAUGCUAUUAUUGAUGGGGCGGGGGGGGAUUCAAUUGAAAAAUCAGUCAAACUACUCAAGGCCGGCGGAGUCCUGGUAGUCUACGGAAUGACUGUUUCCCCCAAAAUGCCCUUCCUGAUGCAGGCGGUGCUGAAGAAUAUCGACGUCCGAGGCACGACCAUGGGUUCGCGCCGCGAGUUCGCCGAGAUGCUCGCCUUCGUCCGGCAACACAAGAUCCGGCCUGUCGUGUCGCGGGUCUUGAAGAGCAGUCUGGACGAUCUGGCGGGGCUGGAUGCGCUCUUUGGCGAGAUGAAGCAGGGACGGCAGUUUGGAAAGCUGGUCUUGGAGUUUGCGGAUGCGGAAAGCAAGCUGUAG